AACAAAUGGAUGAGGCUUCUAUAUGAGGCCGAUCCGAGGGCGGCUAGGGUUUCUCUCUCUCUCUCUCUCUCUCUCUCUCUAAACACCUAACUGGUAGUGGGUUGGAAUGCUAGGGUUUCUGCAGUGAGGAGGCGCUGUGCAAACUCUGCCAUGGGUGGCCAUCGGAAUUAGGGUCCGAGUGACCGAUCCGAGCUCUGUCUCAUUCCUUCUCUAUAUUUAUCUUUCUCUUUCCCUCUCUCUCUCCGUCUUUGUACAGGAGGAGGAUGGCAACUGGCAACCCUUUCGAUCUGCUCGGCGACAAUGACAACGACGAUCCAUCGCAGCUCAUUGCUAAGGCGACGGCUGCGGCGGCUGCCGCGCCGGCUGGAGGCAAGAAGGCCGCGCCUACGGCAGCGGCGAAACUCCCCACAAAGCCACUGCCUCCGGCACAGGCUGUGAGGGAGACUAGGAAUGAACCUUCUUCUGGUCGUGGUGGUCGAGGUGGCCGUGGGGUUGGACGUGGUGGAGGCCAUGGAGGUGGGCAGUUUAGGGAUUUCAGUUCGAAUGAAGGUUCCUAUAACAAUGGGUUCACAGGAGGCUCAAAUUUGGGUGAAGAUGGAGAAGUGGGAAGGCCUUCUGAAAGGGGUCGUGGUGGCUAUGGUGGACCUCGUCCUCCUUACCGUGGUGGUCGUCGUGGUGGUUAUGGAAAUGGAGAGACAGGUGAUUCUCAACGUCCAAGAAGGCAAUUUGAGCGCCGUAGUGGAACAGGUCGUGGCACCGAACUUAAACGGGAGGGAUCAGGUCGAGGAAAUUGGGGAACUCCAGCUGAUGAAACUUUUAUCCAAGCAACAGAGGAGCUUGCAACUACUGAAGAGAAGAGCAUGACACCUGAAAAGCAGCCGGAGAAUGAAAAUGUUCCUGGAGAGGCAAACAAAGAAGAUGCUUCUAAUGAAGCAGAAGAAAAGGAGCCAGAGGAUAAGGAAAUGACUCUUGAAGAGUAUGAAAAGAUCUUAGAGGAAAAGAGAAAAGCUUUACUUGCAACGAAGGCUGAGGAGAGGAAGGUUGUCCUAGACAAAGAGCUUGAGUCUAUGCAACAACUCUCGCUGAAGAAAGGAAAUGAUGAUGUAUUUAUUAAAUUGGGGUCCGAGAAAGAUUUGAAUAAACGGAAGGAAAGUUAUGACAAGGAAGAGAGAAUGAAAAAGGCCCUUAGUAUCAAUGAAUUCUUAAAGCCAGCUGAAGGAGAAAGGUACUACAGUGGAGGAAGAGGUCGUGGGAGGGGACGUGGUGAUCGUGGAGGGUUUAGAGGGGGCUUUGCUGGUGGCAGUCUGAAUGCACCAGCUGCUCCUUCUAUUGAAGAUCCAGGGCAGUUCCCCACACUUGGUGGAAAGUAGAACUUGUCAAUGUCGGAUGCUUGUUUCUUUAUUUCUUCCAUUCCGUCUUUUAAGGAGUUGAUGCAAGGAUCCACACGAAUAAUGAGGCUUCCUGUAUCUAAAACUGUUUUCAAUGAUGUAUAUUCAAACUGUUGUCUUUUUCUA